UCACACCAGAAACUGCCUUGCGUUCUCCCUCUUGUUCCUUCCAUGCUUCACGUUGAGGUUCUAACAGUAGGAUUCUAAGCUUUGGAGCGUCGUCUGGUCGUCAACAGACCAGCGGUAGAAGAGCGCGUUUCCACAUAAGGCGCCUGGUGGCGCCUGCUGCGGCGCUGCUAUCGGACUUGUUGUCGGAAAGGGUGCAUGACCGCAGUCUGUUGCCCUAUGGGGGGGCGGAGAUGAGCAUUCCGCCGAUACACCUGCAAGACGUUCCAUGUUGAGACAUUAACGGGCAGACCGCGUACCGCUGAUUCGACGAGAAGCAGAUUAGGGUUACCAGGGGAGGAACAAUUUAAACUCGGAAAAUAGCUCGAUUGUUAUUCUCUGAUUGAUUGGUACCGUUCGUCCUCGCGAAGAUUGGCGUGAGGCCCUGCCCGGCUGCAGUCAGCUGCGUUGACGGCCAUUUGGGGGGGCUGUAUCUGAACCUAGUUUCAUCCUAGCGCGUUAACCUAGUUUCAUCCUAGCGCGUUAACCUAGUUCUAUCCUAGCGCGGCUCUCGCGUCAGGUCGAGACUCCCGAGGCGUGGUGGGAGUGGUUGGGCAACAUGGCAGUCAGCGCCGAUGACCGCGUAUUGGACUUCGUGCGAGAGCAAAACCGGCCAGUGAACGUGCAGAACGUGGCGGACGCGCUGCAGAAGUACAGCAUAAAGAAGACGGCGGUCCAGAAGGCCCUGGACGCGGCGGCGGCGCGCGGCGAGGUGGCGUUCAAGGACUACGGCAAGCAGCGCAUCUUCAUGGCGCGCCAGGACGUGCUGGACGUGCCUGACACCGCGGGGCUGGACGCGCUCAAGGCGCGCAACGAGCAGAUCAGGGAGCACGCCAUGCGCCUCAAGGACGAGUGCGGCGCCCGGGAGAAAGAGGUGUUGGCGCUGGAGCAGACCCUGACUGAGGAGGAGAUAGAGCAGCAGCGGCAGAGGAUGGAGGAGGAGAACGCAGCGAUGGAGGCGAGGCUGGAGGUACUGAGGGAUGGCGGCAACCAGAUCACGUCAUCGCAACGGCAGCAGGCAGAGGAGCAGUACCAGCGGUUCAUGGGGCUUUGGCGGAAGCGCAAGAGGCUGUUCAAUGUCUUCUUCUCCACCGUCACCGAUGGCAUGUCCCGCAACCUCAAGGAAUUUCAGGAGGAGCUGGGGAUUGAGACAGACGAGGACGUAGGAGUGAGCAUUCAGGACAGCAGCGACCUUCAAGCGUCCAUGGCGGGGGGAUCCUCCUCUACCGCCCAAAGGCCUCCAGUCAAGGGCAGGACAUCAGGCGGUGCUGGCAGUGCAAGCACGUUAGGGCCAAAGAAGGCGAAUGGAGCCCAUGGGCUGAGUGGGGUGAACGGAGCGAGUCACAAAGGGAGUGCCAUGGAGCAGACAGGAGCCAGUAAAGCUCAAGGGGCAGCUUCCAGCAGAGCUGUUGCAGGGGCUGCUGCUGCUGCUGCUGCAGGGGGGGCUGGAGGGGCUGUGGCUGGGGGAAGUGCAGGAAAGAAAGGAGCGACUGGGUCUGGGAAACGGGGUGCAGCAGCGGCGGCUUCUGGUGAGGAUGGUGGUGGUGAUGGUGGAGAGGGGGCUGCUGUGGCUGGAGGUGGGGGUGAGAAGGGACCAAGUUUGGAUGGGGUGGAGGAGGUCGAGGCAGUGAAGAAGGGAAAGGGCAAGGCUCCUAAAAAACCGAGGAAGAAAUGAUCUGAGUUCUCUCCGUUUUACUAGUCUGAACCCUUCCACUGUUUAGUUAUACUGGUACUUUGUAUCUUGUAGCCGAUUGUGUCAAACAUACAAGCAUAUAUUGUAUGUUACAGUAGACUAUUUAGGCUUGUGCCUUAGGGAGUACAACCAGGCCCCCAAAUUGGUUUUGGAGGUGUCUGAUUCAUUAGACUUGCCUCCCAUCCCAUCCCUUGGUAUGGCCAUCAGACUCGC